AUCUGUCGUUUUGACAUAAAAAUGUGCCUUGUUGAAUGUUUCAUUUUUGAUAUUCAUAGACCAUCUCAUUUUGUUGCCAUUGAAUAAAUGUUGCCGCAACAUUUUCAUAGACCCGGGCCUUAUCCGGUCAGAGUCGUGCAUGGUCUAUAAUGACUUUAUUCUUUGCUGGUCAUUUAUCAUUUAAUAAAACGUCCUUUUAAGCAUCUUAAACGCGUAUCAAAUAACCAUGUACGAAAGUAUUUACAUGUGACAUUUGCUGCUUGGGUGUUGAGGAUGCCCGAGCGAAACCCUGCAAACCGGUACGAUCUUUGUGAUGAGUUCCAUCGUAUGCCUAACACGGCUGAUUCAUUUGUGAAAAGUAUAUUUAAGUUUUGUUAGCGGAAACUUGAUUUAAAACACCAUGGGAAUAAGACACCUUCAAACAUUUAUGCAUAGGAAAGUGGAGCAUGGCACCUAUAAAGUUCGUAUGGAUCGGGAAAUACGGAAUGCGACGAAAAGUACGGAGAAACCUUUAAUAGUGAUCGACCUUAUGGCAUUGUUCGGUAUAUUGUGUUCCGACGUACGCGGCCUCUUGUGUGGUAGCCAGAUAAGACGAGUGGAACGUAUGGCCGAUAUGCUUUUCAAGCGGCUGACCGACGCGGGCGCUGAACUGGUGUUUUUCGAGGAUGGCAAGCUACAACCGAACAAGUAUGAAACUUGGAUCACUCGUCAAAAUGGAAAGUACGAUCGGAUGAUCGAUAUUCUGGACUCAAUCAAUGCACGCGUGCCAUUGGAAAAGGUAGCUGAAACGUGUGAGCGCACCAUUCCUUCUAACACCUGCAUUAAGCUACGUCGAAUUGCUAAGCAGCACGGUAAGACGUUCGUUACGACGGACAUGGAAUGUGAUCAAGCAGUGGCUAUAUACGCUACGCAACAUAAUGCAUUGGCGGUAAUAACGCAUGAUACGGAUUUUUUAAUCUUCGCGGGUAACUGGCAAUUUUGGCACGCGAAUCACAUCAAUCUGACGACGUUGGAGGUACAAGCUUUCAACAAGCAAGCGUUGAUUCGUACGCUUGAUUUGGACUGGCAACAGAUGGCGAUAUGGGCAACGCUAGCAGGAAAUGAUUUUUUCAAAUACGACGAGUUGGAACCUUUCCUGAAUGAUCUUGCUCCACAUCAUCAAAAGUUUUACAAACUAGCAGAAUAUGUACGCAAGCUGCCGACGAAAAAGCAGUUAGACGCUGGCACGGUACACUCCAUCCUGGGACGGGUGUACAAGAACCGAAAUAUACCAACGGAAGCUUUUGAAUGGUUUCAGCAAAGUGUAGCAUUCUAUCAAAUCGAUACUCCGAAUGCAGUCUGUGUGCCAACAGCAAAAGAUCCGUUUUCCUAUUUGCUGCAGAUGGAACAGUUCUUUGUACACACAGUACUAACUGGAGCUCCAUUCAAUUGCACUCUCUUGUUCUUCGAUUAUCGUUCGACGGAGUUCGGCAAUUACUUUGAGAUUAUCGAACCGAUGAUUGCACGUAUCGGGGGCAUCCUGCUGUACCAUCAUCGACAGGAACGUCAACACAUAACAGUCGCUGUAAAACGCAACCACCGUGAACCGAACAACUUCGUUACCGUGGCGGUCAUUUUUCCGACGACAAUCACACCGCCCCAAGUAAAGGAUUUAGUGUCCAAGGAGACAAAUCUAUCGACCAGUUUGCUACAGCGCAAAUUACAGUUACUGCGUUGGGUUUGUUCCGAUGAUUUAACGGAGCUGGAAGAACUUAGCUCCAUUCCUCCUUCGCUUUUGUUGACCGUACUGGUCUUAUAUCGACUACGGCAGUAUGGAACAAUACGCAUAUUUGAAGCAGAUUUACUGCUAUUGAUUGCACAUCAAGUUACGAUGGACUUGUUUGACCCGGCAGAGGAACCGUACCCGCAACGAUUGAUAUCCCGUGCCUUUCAAUUAGGGUUCCUGUUUCAGAAAUUGUACGCACAUUUCGCACGCAUUGCGAAAGCUCUUGGUCUUCCGGAAGAAUACCGACCUACGGCACCGUACGAUGGACUUCGGUUUCAUAAUCAUUAUAGAGUGUGGUGUAGUAUGCGCGUUGAACCACACCACAUUGGCACAAUCGCGAAUUGGCGUUUUUACAAAGAUGCAAAACAACAAUGAACCGGUAUCAAAUACCAUCCGGAGUGUUCCUCUGGCCCGUAGCUAGGGGUUGGCCGGGGUAAAUUUUUUUAUAGAGCGCCACAGCGCCAUAUCCACGCUACGUGGUAUGUCCUACCUCGUAAGUUUUAUUCGCUGUAAUAAUAAAUGUAAAUAUAAUGCUGCUACCGUUUAGCAGCAUAUAUACAAA